AUGCCUUCUUUUAAGAGCUCAACCAUGGAUACGUUGGUUUGUCCAACUGAUGAGAUCUACACUUUCAUUCCUGAUAAAUUUCAUCCGACAGCCUCAUCUAAUAAGGGGCUAGACACCAAAAGUGGCGACGCUGAUUCUACUACAGAUAAGGCUCCUCUUAGUUCUAAUUCUGUUUCAGAUUUAAUCCAGCCACUUGUCUACUCGAGGACUCAAAUAUCUACUGAGUCAAGAGAGAAUUUACUCUAUCAUAUCUUCCUUCAUCUGUCUCUCAAUAAGAGCAACUCCGGGGAAAUCACAGAAACCGACAUUGACGUAUUGCUAAAGUGUCUCAAAGAACAACCUUUUGGUACUGAGGGGUUUUUCACUUUCAAGUCCUUGGUGGCCAUUUGUAUCUCAUAUAUGGAAGACUAUGGAUCGCCCAUCUUUUCUGCAUUAUCGGAGUUUAUUAAAAAAAAUAUAAAAGAUGUCGAAAACGUUCCAGCAACAAUACGAUCAUAUCUCAUCAUUGGUUACUUCACCAUGUUCCUUGCCUUGAAUGAAGGAUCACAUGUUUCUGGAAUAGAAGAAGAGAUUGGAUACUGGCUUUCUAAUUUGGAUGAAGCUUCCACUAACUUAACCAAUGAUGCAGAAGAAGCAAAAGUCAUGGUGGGGAUUAUUAAUGGGAUUGGUAUCUUAGUGUCCUUGGUAAAUGAUUUUGUUGAAAGAAACGAAGUUAUCGAGGAUUUGAUCCCAAGUCUCAUAUUUUAUUUGAGUGAUGAGAGCCCAAGAAUUUCCAUCCCUGCCGGGGCUUUGGUUGCUCAAUGUUAUCAAUCAUAUACUUUCGAUGAUAGUCAUAAUGAUGAAGAUGGUGACGCAGAUGAGGAUGUUCCAUAUUUUGAUAAUGAUGAGAUAAUAGACAUUUUGGCAGAAAAGACUAAGUACUCGUCCAAAAAGAUUUCCAAAGAAGAUAAGAAGCAACUUCACGUUGCUUUCAGAGACAUGCUCAAAACUGUGACCAAUAACGUUUCACAGAACGCCAGGGAUGACUUCAAAAUCUCUGAAGAAUCCGAACCUUUAUUGGCGGAGAUAUAUCUUACUCGUCCAUAUUCGAAAUUGCAAAUUAGAAUGAAAGAUUGGGGUUUCAUUAGUAGAUUGGAUCAUAUGAGAUGGGCGUUUGGUAGUGGUUUAGGAUCUGCAGUGUUAGCCAAUGAUAGUGAACUUUUGAGUAUGUUCAGGCAGAAAAAGACUUCGUCUUCCAGUAAUGCCAAAUUUGACGUGGAUGAUUCUAUUAGUGAGCUCCCGGUUAAAAUCAAGAAUUUGGAGGUUAGUACAGACCAAAAAAAGAGAGACAUUGCCAUAAAUAAGGCAAGAUUCAAGAAGACGCAAAGUCAAAAUGAGUACUGA